AUGCAUGCAGGCUGCUGCACCGAGUUCGAAGCGGACGGGGCCACGAUGCGCCACAACCACCGCCACCGCCAUCCGGGGCCUCUGAGACUGCAGCAUCACAGUUGCACAACAUUCAUCACAGCUUGCAUAUCAGUCGACCCGGGGAUCCUGAUCUCACUCAUCAAUUUUGCCCGGAUUUUAUUUAUCCUUUAUUAUCCCCCUUUCUUUUGCCACGAGCGCGCUGCCGAUGGGCAGCAGAAAGGCGAACGCAGAUGCGCCACCCGUGCAACCCGCCAAGACUGCUUCAUGCCGGUCCAUCCCAGUCUCCACGCCACUCUUCAUGCUAGAUACAGACUGGUAAAUGACGAGGGCCGCGGCAUAUCUCGAUGCAUGAGCAUGAGUCGAGCCCAUCAGCCCGCCCUGGGCACAGCUCUGGUCGGAGAAAGACGGGGCAUGUUCGGCCUUCAUCGUGGCGGUCUGGCUUUACAACCUGCAUUGGCAUCGAGUCAAGCAUGGGACCAAGUCAGUCCCUACUUUGAUGUGGCGCAAACAAACCGCCAAGCAGUUGUCCAUGGUUCCUUUGGCUCUACAACCCGUUGGGCGCAGCUGUGUAACGUGAUAGGGUUCAGGCAGGGCCUUCGGGACAAGUCCAAAGUGUCACAAUGGUGCCAUGCGACCCAACGAGCUGCAUGUUUGUGUCACGACCGCCAUUUGAGCCGGGUGGUACUUCAGCUGGUUAGGAUGGAGAUCAUCGAGCCAGGGUUCGAGUCUCAUCAUGUUCGAUACGGAUGCUACGUCGCCAAGGUCAUUGUGGCCCCAUGUCUUGUUGACCUUAUCAGAUCCGGUUUGCCGAUUCUCAACAUUCAGGUAAGGUGUAACUUAUCCCCUCCAACGUGGGGGGUUGUCCCGUCCGACGUUUCUGACGGCCGAGACAACCAGGACUGCCCACAUCCCAAGGCCUGUCCUUUCAAGGCGAAUGAAUUCAGCACGGAAACGCCGCAAGGCACAUCUCAAGCUUGCAGCCAGCUCCGCCAGCCCACAGUACCGGACAAGUACGAAACUUUGACACCAACACGAGAUGGGUCCCAACACGGCUUUUUGGAUCGGCGCUGUCUGCUCAAUUGA